CCAAGCCCAAUCUCCUCGCCCAGUCUCUACCACAUCUCGUCCCCAGGGCCGCAUCUCUUCUGCUCUCCCAUCGCUGCUCCCCCGGUGAGAAAGUCGGCGGCGCCGGCGCCGUCCACCGUCCCAGCUCGCCGGACUGCCCACCGCCCAUGGCGGAUCGCUAUCGCGGCUACGCCUCUCACUCCUCCUACAACAGAGCAGAUCCACGAGGUGGUUAUCCUGGGUAUCUUGCACCUGAGGGCUCUUUAGCAUCUUAUUAUGCUUCAAGACCUUCUGUUCCACCAGACGGACCAGAUGUUCUUAGAAACGAUGUAGCAUUGCAACCAAGGGCUUAUGGUUAUGGUCAUCCAGCAGGAGUAAUUAAUCCUGCUUUCCCUGGCCUGAGUGAUCUACCUGCCGUAGCUAGGGCACGCGGACCUAGUCAUUUGGAAGACCCAUCUUUGGCUCCACUGAGUGGACUAGCUCCAGACAGGGCACCAGGAUCUAGUCUUUUGGAAGAACCGGCUGUAAUGGGGAGAAGUUCGUCUCUUGGCAAAGGUGCUGGUAUUCCAGAUGUUGAGCGCCACAGCCCACUUCCAAACCUCGAUGGGCCCUCAGAAGAUGAAUCCAACAUUCUUUUUGUUGAUUGUCUCCCUACCGAUUGCACAAGGAGAGAAGUGGCCCAUUUGUUUCGGCGCUGCUCUGGUUUCAAGGACAUCAGACUAGUGCACAAGGAGCCCAGGCAUAGUGGUGACAAGGCUUAUGUCCUGUGCUUUGUGGAGUUUGAGAAUGCAAAAUGUGCACGCACUGCUAUGGAUAAUCUCCAAGCAUACCGCUUUGAUGAUUGGAAGCCUGACUCCCCGAUUCUUAAGAUCCAAUUCGCAACGUUCCCUUUCCGUCUGCCUGCCGCCCAGGACGAGCGCCAUAUCUCGCGCUGAUUACUGCCUUCCGUCAUCCUCUAGCUAGCAGUAUAGUCCAUGCGGUGGGGAUCCUUUAGAUGAUCUGUGAUCAGCCUGUAUGUAACUGUAAUGAGCAGCUGAACUGACGAUGCCUUUCAGAAGUCUUGUGUGACACCAACACAAAUUGAAUGGUGCGAAUGUGCGAUGUGCCUUUCUUUGCCCCCAUUCACCCUCAUUUUCUUCAUAUUUAGAGUUUUCGCCGCCGUCAAAUAUGUUCGAGAUAAUGGGUAACUGGUGGUGAGCGGUUCUGUACAUGACGGCAGGUAAAUUCUGAAGACUUCAAUGUAUACUGUCUUUGCCUCUCUUUUUUUUCGUUCUUUCUUUUUUCUUGGGCAGGAAUGUAUCCUGUCUUUGUGAAGACUGAAGGCUGAAGAAAGACACCUCGUCGUCGAUCUGAUCCCACCACCUCCACCAGGGUCCAAACCCGAGAGCUGUCAAUCUGGGGUCAGGUUGCUGUCCAAGCCUUACAUCCGGCACAAAAGCCUUUGCAGAUGUCGGCGUCGUUCACCUUGGCGUCAAUCGGUUCGCCGUCGGAUCUGAAGGGCGGCGCGGACGACGGAGAGGUCAGCGGCGACGCCGGGCAGGCGAGGAAGACCUGCUUGUCCGGCGCAACCGCCGUCACCGUCGCACUGGAAAUCUCGCCGGAGUCACUCCAGAGGCCUGACCGCACUUUCCAGGCAAGACACGGCCCAUCCGUCGCCACUUGCCAUCGGAUUUUACUGUAGUAUGGAGUACAAGUUGUAUAGUAUUUGAACUUUAUACAUACACACAUCCAACG